AUGAACCUUUCCCUGGCCCGAAAAGUAGCCGCUCUGGUUGAAGCUUUGCUUAUUGUAACAGGCUUUUGUUUCCAGUUGCUUGGGACCUUGCACACCUUCCACUUCCAGUCGGAGGAGAGCGGCGGCGAUUCGAUCGGGCCAGAGGCCGCAGCAGCAGAUGUGGACAUGUCCGAAGCAGAGGAUGUGCGUUGGAAGAUCCGGGAUGAUGAUUGCUACGUGGUGAUCGACUCAGACUCUGAUGAUGGAUGCCUCUGUGAGCAAAAGAGAGCUAAGAUAGCUGAAAUGCAUAUCAAAGGCAAGUAUACUACUAACUUAGAGAAGGUGCAGCCUCACCAUGCACAGUCAUCUCAGGAUGAAAGUCAGCAAAUGUUCUAUUCUGAAUCAUUUCGUAAUGAGAUUCUGGAAGUGUCUGAUACCGAUGAGCAGCCACCCCAGGAGUCUCCAAUACUUAUCACUGAUGAUGAUGAUGAUGAUGAUGAUGAUGGUAAUGACUUGGAGGGCCCUGUGCUAAUAGAAGAUGAUUCGUGUGAUGAGGACCAAACUCCCUCAAAUGAGAAAAAGAGGGAUGAGUUUGUUAUCUCCCAACACAAAUCAUCUCAUGAUGUUGGUAAGCAGGAUCUUGGGGAAAAUGUCUGCCAGCCACCAAAUGAUGAUCCUAAGGCUGAGCUAGAGAUUUCAAAAGGAAAGUUGUCAAGUGAUGAAGAGCCUGUACUUGUGGUGGCACAACCAAGGAAAAGGAAAAAUAAAACCAAAAACAUACCUGUGACACCUGUUGUUAAAAGAGAAAAGAAGCAUGGGCCUUCAAAGAAGAAACCCAGCGCAGCAAAAUUUGAACAAUGCGAGCCUGGGAAUUCUGAGUGCAAAAUACCUGGAUGUUUCUUGCGUGGCAUUGAGAACUCAAAGCAGUAUUCUGGAAAGAAUUUCAAGCAAAAUAAGGAUGAACUGGUUCAGAAAAUCUACGCUUUGUGUAACAGCUCUGUCUUUGAUAAAAAGCUGCCGGAGAAAAUUGACAUCGGCUGGAGUAAAAAGAUGCUGAGAACUGCUGGUUUAUGCACCACUGGCGAGACUCGACACCCGAAGAGGGAGCGUUAUGCUAAGAUUCAGAUUUCUCAGAAAGUCUGUGAUUCUGCAGACCGACUCCGGGAUACUUUGAUCCAUGAGAUAUGCCACGCAGCCUCUUGGCUGCUCGAUGGCAUCCGUGAUUCUCAUGGUGUCGGAUGGAAGUAUUAUGCCCAAAAAUCGAAUAUGGUGCACCCGGAGCUGCCCAAGGUCACCCGUUGCCAUAACUACAAGAUUAACUACAGGAUUCAUUAUGAGUGUACUAAGUGCAAAUUCAGGGUCGGCCGCUACACCAGAUCAUUGGACACCGACCGCUUCAUCUGUGCCAAGUGCAAGGGCCCUCUGGUCAUUCUGCCAUUAACUCGGAAAGAUGGAACCCCUAUUGAGCCCCAUGUGAGACCAUUUGCCAAGUAUGUGCAGGAGAAUUACAGAAUAGUCAGGAAGGAGACGGCAGGGAUAGGUCAUGGGGAUGUGAUGAGAAAGCUCAGCAAGGAUUUUAAUGCCAAAAAACAAAGCCAGGGUCGUUGAGGUUAUCUGAGAAUGUAUUUGUGUGAGGCGAGUCAU